AUGCGCAGGCGACAACUUCGGAGCUCACGCGUGUCUGUCGUUUCACCACGCAUGCGCGCAGAAAGAAGUUGCGUUGCGCUCUGGAUGUGUCCUGGACGGCUGGGCUGGGCGCUCCUCCCCAUUCCUCUCUCUCGCUCACUGGUCUGGGGAGUCCCGGGCCGCACGCGGAGCAGGCCGGGGGGAGAAGAGACUAACAUGGUUGAAAACUCUCCAGCCCCAUUGCCUGAAAGAGCAAUAUAUGGGUUUGUUCUUUUCUUAGGCUCCCAGUUUGGCUUUAUGUUAUACCUUGUAUGGGCGUAUGUUCCUGAAUCUUGGUUAUUCUCACUGGGACUAACAUACUGGCCUCAAAAGUACUGGGCAGUUGCUUUGCCUGUAUACCUUCUAGUUACUUUAGGAAUUGGCUAUAUACUACUCUUUGGUAUUAACAUGAUGAGUACUGCUCCACUCAACUCCAUGCACACCAUUACAGAUAACUUUGCAAAAAAUCAGCAGCAGAAGAAAUCUCAAGAAGACGCAAUCCCUGCAUUGAGGGAUAUUCCCAUUAGUGAAGUAAACCAAAUGUUCUUCCUUGCUGACAAAGGCAUUUGUAACAGAAAUUAAUUGGAACCAGCCCCGUUAGAAUAAGACACUACAGUACUACAAUAAUUUUUAGAAACACAUUGUAAGAAAAGUCAAAGGUUUGUCAGUGCUAAGAAAUCUAACUCUUUCAACAACUGGAAUAGAUGAAUUUGUAUCUAAAUUAAGCUGUGGUCAGCACUGGUUCACCUUGUGUGGCAUAGAGUACUGAACCGGGACUCAGAAGAUAUGGGCUCUGUUCCCAGCUCUGCUACUAGCCUGCUGGGUCACCUUGAGCAAGUCACUUCACCACUCUGCUUUGGUUUCCCCAUCUGUACUAUGUAUAUGAUACUGACCUUUAUAAAGUGCUUUGAGAUCUACUGAUAAGUGUUAUUUAAGAGCUAUGUAUUAUUAUUUAUUAUUAAACAAAUUGAUGAUUGUUGAAAUGGUUUUAUUUCUUAGGCCAGGUCUACACUACCGCGGUAGUUCGACAGCUGGCAAUCGAACUUCCGGGUUCGAUUUAUCGCGUCUGGUCUGGAUGCGAU